GUUGAGACAUAUCUAGAUCAAAAUUUUGCGUAUAAAUAGUGCGUUAUCGAGAGAAACGGUAUCAGUUACGUUUUGCUGCGAAGGAAGAAACUUACAAGACUUAUCAAAAUGAAAUUCAUUAUUUUGAGCCUCGCUCUCAUCGCUGCUGCCUCGGCUAGCCCAAUUGCAACACUUGCCGCUGCUCCCUUACUUAGUGCUUCAAUCGCUCCUCCAGUUCUCGGUGCUUCAAUUGCUGCUCCAGUUUUAGCCACCCGUAUCGCUGCUCCACUUACUGCUACUUCAAUUGGUGCUCCAGUUCUUGGUGCUUCCAUUGCUGCUCCAGCCAUCGGUGCUCCACUUCUCUCCGCUCCAGUACUUAGAACUUCAAUUGCUGCUCCCCUUGCCGCUGCUCCAAUUGCUCCAGCUCUUGCCCCACUUUCUGCUGGAAUCGCCCCUAUCGGUCUUAGUUCCGGACUUCUCGGUCAGAACAUUAUUGCCGCUCCAGGGUUGGCCUCAUUGCCCCUUGGACUUAACAGCUUGGGAGGUCCUCUUCUCUUGAAGAAACGUGCUUAAAUUAUCUACUAUGUAGAACCUAGGGUCCGGACACUUUAAUUAAAUAAAUAGAUUUUUUUAAAC